AUACAAUUAGAAAAUCAAAGACAGCUUUACUUUCAGCUUCUGCAACCCUAUUUUCAGCUUCGCGUUUCAAAACGUUGUGAAUGGACAGGGGAGGCUGUGUUUUCUGUCCUUUUUUGGCAUCCGUACCCACCAGAGCUGGAAGAAAGGCCGGCGUUAUGAUGAACCUUUGGCUCCGCUGCAUAACCGGGCCCAAAUUACAGCGAAUUCACAGAGAACCCGACCCGAAUCGAGCGGAGCCAAACCGAACCGGACCAGGACCAGGACUGGGUGGCGUCCGGCUGGGAUGGCCUUACCAGCCCAGAGCCCUGGAGAGACACACCAGCAGCAUCCUCAACUGGGCUUCCAUUCUGUGGUCUCUCUCUUACUACACAUCUCCACUCCUCGUGUUUUACCUCUACAGAAAAGGGUACAUCUGCUUGUCUAAACUGGUCCCAAUUGGUCAGUAUACUGGAACGCUGCUCAUCCUUUUACUGGGAGUGGCCUGUCUGAGAGGAAUCGGAAGAUGGACCAACCCUGAGUACGUCCAGUUCAUCACUAUUCUGGAAGAGACCAAGAAGAACAACAGUCCAGAGAACAAGAAAAAGUUGGCUUCUUAUAACUUUGACUUCCGAAGCUGGCCUGCCGAUUUCCGUUGGGAUGAAGUCAGUAGCAGGAAGGGACAGUCUCCAGGUGGCGUGGCCUUGCUGAAGCCAGAGCCAAAACACAGAGGAGCGACAGACAGCGUUCUGAACUCUGUGGGAAAGCUGCCCUGUCAGAUUAUCAGUUACUUGAUAGCUAACUCAUUUGGGCGGAGAAUGCUGUACCCUGGAUCGGUUUGCCUCCUGCAGAAAGCCAUGAUGCCCAUGCUGAACCAGGGGCAGGCUCGCCUGGUAGAGGAGUGUGGAGGUCAGAGGGCAAAGCUGGUGGCCUGUGAUGGGAACGAUAUUGACACCAUGUUCGUAGACAAGAGGAACAGCCAGGGAGAGAGAGGAAAGAAACUGGUUAUUUGCUGUGAAGGAAACGCAGGAUUCUAUGAAGUGGGCUGUGUGAACACACCUUUGGAAGUUGGAUACUCUGUUCUGGGCUGGAACCACCCUGGCUUUGGAGGAAGCACAGGAGUGCCAUUCCCUCAAAAUGAAGCCAAUGCGAUGGAUGUCGUGGUGCAGUAUGCUAUUCACAAGCUGGGUUUCGAGAUGAAGGACAUUGUCAUCUAUGCCUGGUCUAUUGGUGGUUUCACAGCCACCUGGGCUGCCAUGUCCUACCCAGAAGUCAGUGCUCUGGUCCUGGACGCCUCAUUUGACGACUUGCUGCCUCUUGCCCUCAAAGUAAUGCCUGAAAGCUGGAGGCCCCUUGUAACAAGAACUGUGCGCCACUACAUGAACCUCAACAACGCUGAGCAGCUUUGCAAGUACCAGGGUCCUGUACUUCUCAUAAGACGAACCAAGGAUGAAAUUAUUACAACUACAGGUCCGGAGGACAUCAUGUCCAACAGAGGGAACUACUUGCUCUUGCGCCUCCUACAGUUCAGGUACCCCAAGGUAAUGACUGAAGAGGGGGUCCGUGCUGUCAGAGAAUGGCUGGGUGCAAGCAGCGCUAUUGAAGAAGCCUCAGUGUACAGUCGCUAUGAGGUGGAUGAUGACUGGUGCACCUCCGUAUUACAAUCCUACCAGACAGACCAGACCACAGAAUUUCCCUGGACCGUCGGCGAGGACAUGACUUUAGAAGGAAGGAGACAGCUGGCUUUGUUCCUGGCACGAAAGUACAUGAGGAAUUUUGAUGCCAGCCACUGUACCCCCCUCCCUCCCUACGAGUUCCAGUCGCCAUGGAGAUUGUAGCCGCGCACCAGUGAGGAAACCGUUUGCGGGCGAUUUCUACUUGAAGCACCCAGGAUGCGCUUUCUAUACGCGAGCGAGCCCAUAGUCUGUAACAAAAUAAUUGAGGUCGUUUUAGCAACAGCCUGGUUUACCAGUAAGGGAUCUACUUAAAGUAGCUCCGAAUUACAUUUUAAUUGCUUUGUCAUAUUUCCUUUUUGUAUUGUUUUGUGUGUGCAACAAUUCUGGGUUGUAUUGUUCUUACACUGUUAGAUUAUAAUUGUUUUCUGUCAAUCUGCCUUUACCUGGCUGUGAGCUUGUCUGGAGAAUCCUAGGUGCCGGGAUGAAUCUUCGUUCUAUUCAAAUCCUUUGACCAUGUAACCUUUGAUCUGCUUUUUUUUUUCGUUGAAUUUAAUUUUAAAGUAAUCGCUCUUCUCUAUGCAAUGUGUUUAAUCAUUACCCGGAAGCAAACUAAACAGGCUGCCAGGUUCCUAAAUGCAGGGUAACAGGUAGUGCGUCAAUAAGGCAAACGCUUGCUCUAUUUAUUUUUAAGUAAUAUAUAUAUAUAUAUGUUUUAAUAUUUACACUGUUGUUUCAGAAAUGGGAAUUUCACAGGCAAAUACAUAUUCCAUGACAAUGGGUAAAGCUGAUGGAAAGAGUGAAAUCUGUUGUAACUGUGAAAAAAAAAAAAACACAGCCUUCCACAUAACCACUCCACAUGACUGCAAACACCAUGCAAUAGUAAUAAUAAGACAGAAACUACACUAGCAGUUUAAUUAGGGAUGGGAGAAGAUUGGGAUAUCCUGAUCUCUCUCUCUCUCUCUCUCUGGCCAAUUCUUUCUCUCACUAAACAAAUCACAAUUGAGGCAUAUUAUUCUUUACUGUAAAUACUUUUUGAUUUUAUUUGUUUUUCUUCAGUAUGUUGUGUUAAAACACAUUCUGUUUCUGUGUUUUUUGGUUCUAUACCCAAUCACGAGGAUAAAUUCAGUGGGGCUUUGAAGUGUACAUGAUCUUUCUCCAUCUGUUCUUGAAAUAUUUGUGAUGCUGCCAUGCCAAGAACGAUGAGACGGUGCCUUGCAGUGAUCAAGACCUAGAGAUGUCCUAAUUCACUAGCCUCUCCUGUCUGGGUUUCAGGGAUGGGCGGCGCAGUGUGAGCUAAUUUGCCAGCCUCUCGUUUCUGUGGAGUCCUUGGCUGGAAUCUGCUCAGGUCAGGAGUGAAAUUAGGUUGCGAGUUGCAACGUGGCCCCCAGAAAGAGAGUGGGUAUCACAAAACAUCUUCAGACAGUUGGCAUCAUCAUAACUGUGCACAAGGCCCAUGGGGCUUAUAAUAAGAAGGUCCAGGCGUGAAAAAAUCUAUCCUCUGGAGGUUUUACUACUGCUUGUUAAUAAACAUUUUUAAUCAAAAUCCGAAAAAUGUAUCGCUUUCCACAUUGAUGGAAACAUAAGAUUGAACCUCUACAGAGAUUAUGAAAUGUGUCAGCUAGGAAUUAAUACUGAAUGUAAAACUUUGAAAAGAUGGAAAAGGCUUUUAGGGUUUUUGAAUACCCACUGUACACUUAUAUACAAGUCAAAAUAAUGUAAUUGGUUUAGGGACAAUAUUUAGUAAUUCUAAGUUGAAAUAUUAUGGUGAAUCCCUGUACAGUACUGAUAUGCAUAUACAGGGUGAGUCAUAGUUCAUGCAUCAUUCUUAAAGAAUUUGCUGCCACAGGAAAAUUAAAAAAUACAUAUCCACAAAGGUUUCCGUAGAGAUAGUAAAUCUAGAAAUGUGUGAAAUACUGUGAAACAACCUGUGCUAUUUUCAGGCUCAGAUCCGUUUACCCAGCAAUACAUUCAAGUUUAAAAGACACACUCCUUUCUCUUAGAUAGUAUAGGAAACUAUGAGAACUUAUUUUAAACAGAGGAGCAGCAGAAAUAACAAGGGCUAGAAGAUGAAAAUCCUGACAGCAAAUACAUACAUAUAUAUAUAUAUAUAUAUAUAUAUAUAUAUAUAUAUAUAUAUAUAUAUAUAUAUAUAUAUAUUACUGUGAGCCUAGACAACGUACUGAAGACUGAAGUUUUUAAAGAUGAAACAACUGCUAUAGUAAAUAUUACAAUUUUGGCGCUUGCAGAAAAGAUUCCCAUCUUCUAGAUCCUUGUCUUUUUAAAGAAUGAAAUAGACCAUUUUUUGCACAAUUGACUGUUAAGCCAUUUAAAAUUGAUAAGUGGGGAACCUGUGCCUGUCUAGUUGCUAUUCAUAUUCACUAGAUCAAUGAGUGGGAACAUACAGAGAAGUGCAGGGAUUGCUCCAAGCCAGACUGUUGAAAAGUCUGUGGUUGUGUUAUAAUAAUUAAUAAUUAUUUUGUCUGCAGACAAACAAUGGCACAAUGCUGUUUUUUUUCUUCUUACAUCUUGUUUGGUAAUGCUGUAAAACAAUAAACAAGAAAAUAUA